ACGUCGAGCAUAUGGGAAACUGCCGUUCCCAUGUCUCCGCAGUUGAAAAGCAGAUAACACUCCUCUUGUAGUUCUAUGUUCUGCUUUAUUUCCAUCUCCCAAAUUUCCUUUCCAGCAACUCAUCAUGGCUACUCCGGAGCCAGUACUCACAGAACCCAACAAUUUUCUCCCGAUUGACACUAAGCUCGCGGGGAAUACAUUCUCUGACCCACUUCGGCAUGACGGCACACACGGUUUCGAAUUAAGUUCCCCAGAUUCGAAGGACCAAGCUCAAGUGGCGGUGACGGAUAUUUCGUCAGGGCAAAGCAGUACGGAUGAGAAUGGACUUAGCCCUCUGGAUCCAGAGCCGCUUCCCGUCGUUGAGUCGCCAAUCUCGGAAACGGUUGAUCCUGAUCCUUUAGCGAAGUCCCCGCCAACGCGGCAGGAUUCAGCCUGCUAUUUAGAUGACAAGUCUGCAGCCGCGCCUGUCAUCGAUGACAUCGGACAGGAAAAGUUCCAGGAUCAACCUGAUGCAGCAGCUACCAAUGCGGUCAUACCUGAAAGCCCGACCCCAAAUGUGUCGGCGCUUAUCAUAGACCUCGGGGAUGUCUUGUGCAACUGGACUGCGCCACAAGCUCUGCCAAUCUCUCCAGCGAUGCUUCAUCGCCUUCUCAAGACUCGAUUCUGGCACGAAUACGACUCAGGUGUGAUUACACAAGAAGAAUGCUACAGCAGUCUUGCUACGCAGUACGGGCUCGUGUAUUCUGAUGUGGCAGAGGCGUUCAAGCAGGCCGCACAGUCUCUCAGUCCUGAUGAAGAGGUCUUUGGCAUGAUUCGUGGCUUGAAAGAGACCUAUCGCGGGUCAUUGAAGGUCUACCUUAUGUCGAACAUCCCCUUGCCUGAGUGGAAGGCCUUGGAAGGGGACUCACGAUAUGAUUGGACUUUGUUCGAUGGCUUCUUCAUCUCUGCUCAAGUGGGCAUGUGUAAACCCGAGCUCGGAUUCUUCCGCCAUGUUCUUAACAAGAUCAAUACGAAACCUAAGGAUGUAGUCUUUGUGGAUGACAACGCCGAAAACAUCCUCGCAGCUCGAUCACUGGGCAUCAGGUGCCUCAGAUACAAGGAUACUGGCGGGUUGAGGCGAUUCAUCCACCACAUCUUCGAUGAUGGAGUGGAACGAGGACGACAGUGGCUGCAAACCAAUGCUAAGAACAUGUGGUGCGUGACUCCUGACGGACGAGAAGUGAGAGACAAUUUUGCCCAGCUCUUCUUGUAUGAGGCUGCUGGCGACUUAAAUCUUGUCUCAUUGACAUUCUAUGAGCGCACAUGGAAUUACUACAUCGAGAAACCCAUUGAUACCGUGGAAAAGCAUCCCGAUGACAUUGAUACAACGUCGCUGGCGAUGAUUCUCCUACCCCACGACGUCGACAAAGCACACUCAAUUCUUGACGAAGUCCUGCUGUAUACUAACCGAGAUGGUAUUAUCCUCACAUAUUUCGACAAUAAACGACCCCGAAUUGAUCCCGCUGUUUGUGUCAAUGCUCUUCGCUUCUUCUACAAAUAUGGCCGAGACGACUUGCCUGCGUUGCAACCGACAAAAGCCUGGAUUUCGGAUGUUCUCUUCUACCGAGCUUACCUUGAUGGAACGUACUACUACCCCAGCGGAGACGUAUUUUUGUACCUUUUCAGCCGCCUCCUGAGCGCAAACCCCGGGAGCGAUAUUUACCGCAGCACAUGCGCCCUUCUGCGUGAACGAUUGCAAGAACGAAUGGGCUCGCCAGGAGAUGCGGUGGAAUUGGCCAUGCGAGUCAUUGCUUGUCUUGAUAUGGGGCUCAGGAAUGAAGUUGACCUGAGGAAGCUGGAGGCGCUACAGGAAGAAGAUGGGGGGUGGCCGAUUGGCUGGCUCUGCCAGACUGGGAAAAUCAGUCUGAAGAUUGGAAGUCGGGGUGUGGCGACGGCAUUAGCGGUCAAGGCCAUUGAGAUGGCACAGAUGAAAGGGUGUUGA